GAGGACUUGCGAGUGGUGAACUUCAACAACUACUAGGAGGAUAAUGCAAUCGUGUUACCAGGAUGCCACCCAGGACACACUUUGGUGGAAAGCUGAUGCCAUCCCAUGUGACAAAAGCAGCAGUGUGGGGUCUCUACAAGGACUCGAUGACAACACUUGAGGUACGUGUAGUCGUACUUCUAGUUUCCAAGAUUAUGUCGUUUCUGUAUGCAGUGCUGCUGCUCUGCACAUUUGUAGGUCCCAUUUACUUUUUAACUCCUCGCAAGUCUGGCUUGUUUGGUGUCUGCUGUGAAGGAAUACCACAACAAGUCAACUACUUGAAUGAUGAAGGCAUGUCAUCCAGCAAAGGCAGCAGCGCAGUCAACUACAUGCACAGUUGGGGAAAAACACGUGUUGACCUGAAUUGUGAUAACUGCAGUGGCCAAAAUAAGAACAGAUUUGUGCUCUGGUAUUGUGCCUGGCGGAUCAUGCACAAGCUCCACCACAGUCUGGACCUUCACUUCCUAUUCACAGGCCACACCAAGUUUGACCCCGACUGGUGCUUUGGCCUCAUCAAGCAGCUCUUCAGAAAGACCAGAGUGAACACUGAGAUUGCUGGUGUUGUGAAGGACAGCACUGUGACAGGGGUCAACAUCCCACAGCUGGUUGGACUGGAGGAUGGUACGGUGCUGGUGGAAAGCUAUGGCUGCCAACAACACCUGACUACGUACUUCAGGCCACUGCCACAGAUCAAGCAGUAUCAGCGCUUCAGGUGA